CUUAAUUUUUAAAUAAUUACAGUAAUGGCAAUCAUGUUGGAAGAAAUUUUAAAAGUUUUGCAAACCUUAGCGUUAGAAGGUAAAUACGCGGAACUCUAUGAUGGAAUAUUGAAAAAUUAUGACAUCUUUGCAAAAAAUAUUUCUUAUAUAGAUAAUUACAUAGCAAAUGUUGAUAUAAAUGAACAUUCUUUAUUAAUACUCUUUUACUUGAAAAUUAAAUUCAAUAAUUUCCCAAUUGUGAAUGCAACAGUUAACAAAUUUUAUGAAUUUAUUGAUGCGAUUGAUGUUCAUCAAAUAAAUUGUGCCAUAGAUAUAUAUUCAAAUGUAUGUCAUAGUUUCACACAAUAUCUAAUCAUAAACAAAACACCUCUAAAAGGCAUGAGUAUAAUUGCAAAAGCAAUUACAAAUAUACAAAAUGAAUCUUCUGAACUAACUACAAUACAUUCGGAUUUAUUGCAUUUAUGUUUAUCAUCACGUGAUUUAACACCUUCCUUGCAAUUUUUGGAUAUUGAUAUAACAUCUAUUAAUAAAGAAAACAACAAAUGUGAUAGCAAAUAUAUACUUUUAUAUUAUUAUUAUGGGGGCCUUAUAUACCUUGCAUUAAAAAAUUAUGAACGCUCAUUCCUCUUUUUUGAAAUUGGCUUAACUAUACCAGCACAUUCAAUCAGUUUAAUCAUGGUUGAAACCUUAAAAAAAUAUAUUAUUUUAUCUUUACUAACCCAUAAUAAGGUUAUUAAUCUCCCAAAAUUUACAUCAAACAUUGUUGUUAGAGUUAUAAAGCCAAUCUGUCAACCAUAUUUGGAUAUUGCCAAUGCCUACAUGAAUUCGCCUAACAAUAUUGCUUUGCUGGAAAACAAAUUAGCCGAACAUACUGAAUUACUAAAUAAGGAUGGAAACAUGGGUUUAGCUAAACAAUUGAAAAAAGCUUUUCAUAAAAACCACUUGAAAAAACUAUCGAAAAUAUAUUUGACAAUCUCAAUCGAUAAUCUGACCAAUCAGCUUAAGUUACAAAACGAGAACCUAACAAAAAGGCUACUGAUAGAAAUGAUUAUGAACGGUGAAAUUCACGGGAAAAUAGAUGAAUACAAAGGGAUAAUGGUUUUUUAUGACGAAGAUUUUAAGAGUUAUUACAGCGAUGGAGAUAAAUUAAUGAAAACUCUUAGGGAAGAGGGUCAAAAAUGCAUGGAUCUUCGAAAUCACAUGGAAAAGAUUACUAAUAAAAUAUCCACAAACCCUCAAUACAUCCAAAAAUUAUUAGGAAUGGAAGAUAUCAGUUCGGGAAAUUUCAAAAAUAUAGUACCUUAUCCUUGAAUCUAUUAAACUUUAUUAUUGUAAAUUUUUAUUAUUUAUAUUACAUAUUUUAAAAUUGUAUCAUAUAUUUUUUUGCCACUACCUGUACAUAUUAAUUUAUUUAUAAAUAUUUACCAUUGCACAAAAUACGAAUAUUUCUGGCAUCAAAUCAUUUUUUUUCGUGUUAUAU